GUUUAUUUGAUCUCACAUUAACCGAGGAGGAGAAUGUGAGAAAAGGGGGAAAAUGCCCAGGAGGAAGCAGGAGCAGCCCAAGCGCCUUCCCUCACAUGUUAGUAGGCAGGACGAGGCGGAGGGCGAGUUCAGCGAAGGAGAACACUGGUAUGGGAACUCCUCUGAGACUCCAUCGGAAGCAUCCUAUGGGGAAGUCCAGGAGAACUAUGCGCUAUCCCUGGAGGACCGGAUCCAAGAGCAGUCCACAUCCCCCGACACCUCCCUGGGCAGUGCCACCCCCAGCAGCCACACGCUGGAACUGGCACUUGAUGGUGAGGUCCUUCGAGACUCGCUGCAGUGUCAAGACCACCUUUCGCCUGGAGUGUCUUCCGUGUGUGACGAUGACCCACCUAGUUCGAAUAAACCUCUGAGCAGCAACUUGAGGCGGCUGCUGGAGGCCGGGUCCCUUAAACUCGAUGCCACAGCCAAUGGCAGGGUGGAGUCCCCCGUGAAUGUUGGCCCCAGUCUGUCGUUUUCCCCGCCUUCCCACCAUGCCCAGCAACUCAGUGUCCUGGCCAGGAAGUUGGCAGAGAAGCAGGAUCAGAGUGACCAGUACACCCCCAGUAACCGUUUCAUAUGGAAUCAAGGUAAGUGGUUGUCCAACUCAACCACCACCUGUGGCCUGUCCCCAGAUUCGGCCAUCCUCAAACUGAAAGCAGCAGCCAAUGCUGUUCUGCAGGACAAGUCCCUGUCCCGGACAGAGGAGAGCCUGAGGUUUGAGUCCUUUUCCUCCCCCUUCAGCUCCCAGUCUGCCAGCUCCACCUUGGCAGCUUUGUCUAAGAAAGUGAGUGAAAGAAGUCUGACCCCUGGUCAGGAGCACCCACCUCCAGCCAGCCCUUUCCUGUCAUUGGCUUCCAUGACAUCCUCUGCGGCCCUUCUGAAAGAGGUGGCCGCCAGGGCCGCGGGGAGCCUCCUGGCCGAGAAGUCAUCCUUGUUGCCUGACGACCCUCUACCACUGCCGCCUUCUGAGAAGAAGCCAGAAAAAGUCACCCCUCCACCACCUCCUCCGCCCGCACAGCCUCAAUCCUUGGAAUUAUUGUUACUUCCGGUUUCCAAGGGAAGAGUCUCCAAGCCCUCCAAUUCAGUCCCAGAAGAAGAGAGCGGGAAGCCUUUCCAGUGUCCAAUAUGUGGCUUGGUUAUAAAAAGGAAGAGUUACUGGAAGCGGCAUAUGGUGAUACACACAGGUUUAAAAAGCCACCAGUGUCCGCUCUGUCCAUUCCGCUGUGCUCGCAAGGACAAUCUCAAAUCCCACAUGAAGGUUCAUCAGCACCAGGACCGGGGAGAGACCUUUCAGUGCCAGCUGUGCCCUUUUACCUCCUCACGCCACUUCAGCCUGAAACUGCACAUGCGUUGCCAUCAGCACUUCCUGAGGACAGAGGCCAAGGUGAAGGAGGAGAUCCCAGACCCAGAUGUCAAGGGAUCUCCCCACCUCAGUGACAGUGGCUGCCUGGGGCAGCAGAGGGAAGGAGGAGGGACAGAGCUAGUGGGGACCGUGAUGACGUCUAAUACUCCAGAGAGGACUGGCCAGGGUGGGGCUGGCAUGGCACCUUUGCUGGUGAAGGAGGAACCCAAGGAAGAUAACGGCCUGCCCGCCUCCUUUACCCUGAAUGCUGCCGACAGGCCCGCCAACCACACAAAGCUGAAAGACCCCUCCGAGUUUGUGUCCAACAGUGCAGCAGCAUUGUUCAGCCAGGACAUCUCGGUUAAGAUGGCCUCCGAUUUUCUCAUGAAGCUGUCAGCUGCAAACCAGAAGGAGCCUAUGAAUCUUAACUUUAAAGUGAAGGAGGAACCCAAGGAAGAGGAGGCCCUAAGCACGCCCUUGCCCCGGUCCAGCUACGUGUUCAGCCCGGAACCGGAAGUGGCCGCUGCUAACCUCUCCGAGGACCGACUGACACCCCAGGAAAGCAAGGGGAGUGUGCCAAGGCGGGACCUGUCUGCCAAGGCUGCCUCAGAACUUCUCAUGAAGCUCUCAGCGGAAAGCUACAAGGAGACACAGGCAGUGAAAGUUAAAGAGGAGCCCAUGGAGGUGGACAUCCAGGACUCCCCAGUCCCCAUAUCUCCCAGCCGGACCGUUGGCUACAGCACUUUAAUGGGGCGAGAGAAAACUGAACCCUUACAGAAGCUUCCAGAAGGUAGAGUUCCCCCGGAGAGGAAUCUCUUCAGCCAGGACAUCUCCGUGAAGAUGGCUUCUGAGCUUCUUUUUCAGCUCUCGGAAAAAGUGAGCAAAGAACACAAUCACACGAAGGAAAACACCAUUCGGACGACCACCAGCCCUUUCUUUUCAGAAGACACAUUUAGACAAUCACCAUUCACCUCCAAUUCAAAAGAUCUGCUGCCCGGAGAAGCUACGCCGCACGGAAUACCAGCUCCAGAGACAGAGAAGCUCGUCCUCGAGGCAGGAAAUGGAUUACCAUCCUGGAAGUUCAGUGACCAGCUCUUUCCCUGCGAUGUGUGUGGGAAGGUGUUUGGCCGACAGCAGACAUUGUCGCGACACCUCUCUCUGCACACAGAGGAAAGAAAAUACAAAUGCCAUUUGUGCCCCUACGCUGCCAAGUGCCGUGCAAAUCUGAACCAGCACUUGACCGUGCACUCUGUGAAGCUGGUGAGCACCGAUGCUGAGGACAUCGUCAGCGCCGUCACUUCUGAAGGCGGUGACGGGAAGAAACACCCGUAUUAUUACAGUUGCCACGUGUGUGGAUUUGAGACAGAGCUCAAUGUCCAGUUUGUAAGCCACAUGUCGCUCCACGUGGACAAGGAGCAGUGGAUGUUUUCCAUUUGCUGCACAGCCUGUGACUUUGUCACCAUGGAGGAAGCAGAGAUAAAGAACCACAUUGGCACCAAGCACACAGGGGACGACAGGAAGACCCCCAGUGAAUCAAACAGCCCCUCCUCAUCCUCGCUGUCAACUCUGAGUGAUUCAGCCAAUGGCAAAGAUGACUCAGACAGCUCCCAGAAAAACAAGGGUGGGGACAACUUGCUGGUCAUCUCUGUGGUACCCGGGAGCCAGCCCUCACCGAACAGCGAAGAGAAGCCAGAGAAAGGGUUCGAAUGCGUUUUUUGCAACUUUGUCUGCAAGACGAAAAAUAUGUUCGAGCGCCACCUGCAAAUCCACCUCAUCACCCGGAUGUUUGAGUGUGACGUGUGCCACAAGUUCAUGAAGACCCCUGAACAGCUGCUGGAGCAUAAGAAAUGCCACACUGUCCCCACCGGUGGGCUCAACUCAGGACAGUGGUGAGUUUCAGACUCCUCUAGGUGCCCAUUCUGCAUUUAUUCCACCAACCGCCCUGCUGCCAUGGAGUGCCACCUCAAGACCCACUACAAGAUGGAGUACAAGUGCCGGAUCUGCCAGACGGUGAAGGCCAACCAGCUGGAGCUGGAGACGCACACCCGCGAGCAUCGCCUGGGCAACCACUACAAGUGUGACCAGUGCGGCUACCUAUCUAAGACGGCCAACAAGCUCAUCGAGCAUGUGCGCGUGCACACCGGGGAGCGGCCCUUCCACUGUGACCAGUGCAGCUACAGCUGCAAGCGCAAGGACAAUCUCAAUCUGCACAAGAAGCUGAAGCAUGCCCCCCGCCAGACCUUCAGCU